AGGAGACUGAUAGCAGCUUUCCAUUAACUGCUGCUCCUAUCAACAUGUUGCCUGCUGACAUUAAAGAAGAGGUCCCUGGAGAAAAGAAUCCUGAUGUGGACCAGCAGGAGCUGCAGCUUCUUUACAUAAAGGAGGAAGGUGAAAUGAUCUGUGACAGCCAGAAAGGAGAGCAAGAGAAUUUGAAGGAGGAGACUGAAGAUACCAGUUUUCCAUCAACUGUUGUUAAUAUGAAGAGUGAAGAGGAUGAAGAGAAACCUCCAUUCUCUACCUAUAAUCAACAGCUAUCAGAAGUCAGAGAUUUUACAAGCAGCCCUUCAACUGACUGUAUAAAAGUGAACAAUAAAGACGGUGACUCAAAUGUGGAUUCAGUGAAAAGAGUUCACUUAAGAAUCCAUCCAGAAGAGAAAUAUUUAGUUUGUGAUGUAUGCAGUAAAAGUUUUUCCAACAAGGCAAAUUUAAAAGCACACACAAGAAUCCACACAGGGGACCAUCCUUUUGGCUGUGAUUUAUGUGGAAGAAGAUUUUCUUGGAAGUCACAUUUAAAAAGACACAUGAUAAUCCACACAGGAGAAAAGUCUUUUGGCUGUGAUGCAUGUGACAAACAUUAUUCCUCAAAGUCAGGCUUAAUUAGUCAUAUGAAAAGUCACACAGGAGAGAAACCUUUUGGUUGUGAUAUCUGUGGAAGGAUAUUUUCCAGAAAACCAUAUUUAAAAACACACAUCAGAAUCCACACCGGAGAAAAACCUUUUGGUUGUGAUGUAUGUGGUAAAAAAUUUGCCGACAAGUCAUCCAUAAAUAACCAUAGGAAAAUCCAUACAGGAGAGAAACCUUUUGAAUGUGAUGCUUGUGGAAAAAGAUUUCCCUUUAGAAAAACUUUAAAAAGACACAUAACAACCCAUACAGGAGAUAAACCUUUUGAUUGUGAUGCAUGUGGGAAAAGAUUUUCCAGAAAGUCACAUUUAAACCUGCACUUGAGAAUCCACACAGGAGAUAAACCAUAUAGUUGUGUUGUAUGUGGGAGAAGAUUUUCCACUAAGGCACAUAUUGAAACACACAUGAGAACUCACACAGGAGAGAAACCUUUUGUUUGUAAUUUAUGUGGGAGAAGAUUUUCCAGAAAGUCACAUUUCAAAACACACAUGAGAAGCCACACAGGAGAGCAACCCUUUGGUUGUGAUGCAUGUAGUAAAAGAUUUACCAACAAGUCAGCCUUAACUAGUCAUAUGAGAUCUCACACAAAAGAGAAGCCCUUUGGUUGUACCACGUGUGGUAAAAGAUGUUACUCAAUGUCGGAAAUGAGCACACACAUUAGAAUUCACACAAGAGAGAAACCCUUUGGUUGUGAUACUUGUGGUAAAAGAUUUUCCUGUAAGUCACAGUUAAACAAACACACAAGAAUCCACACAGGAGAGAAAGCUUUUGGUUGUGAUGUUUGUGGGAAAAGAUUUUCUUCAAACUCAAAUUUAAAAACACACACAAGAAUCCACAGGGGUGACAAACCCUUUGGCUGUUCUGCAUGUGAAAAAAGAUUUUCCACUAAUGCAAAUCUUAAAAAACACUUAGGAAUCCACACUGGAGAGAAACCCUUUGAGUGUGAUGCUUGUGGUAAAAGAUUCUUCUCAAAUUAUGACUUAAAUAUACACAUGAAAAUACACAUUGGAGAGAAACCUUUUUGCUCGAGGCAGACGAGAUUAUAAAGUACAGCAGCUAGAAGGAAGGAUUUAUGGAAGUACUCUAUUGAGCAGCUGGGUUGCUCUCCAGUUCCAUGAGCAUGAGGUGUAGACAAGGCUCUGACUAGUAAGUGCUUUGAGACUUUUAACUCUACUCUGAAUAAGGGGCAGCCCAUGUAAGGACAUUGGAAUGGGUUUAAUAUUAUGAUCGUACUUUGUUUGUGUAAGAAUUCUAGAAGUAGCAUUUUGAAUUUUGAAAAAACGUAGUUGUCAUUGAUUUUUGAAAGUCCUGUAAAAACAUUACAACUGCAGAGUCUGCUGAAAACAAAUGCAUGAACUAAUUUUUCAAA